GAGCUUGUUGUUGGGCAGUGCUCCUCAGCAGAGAUGGUGGGCAUGAGUGUUCUCAGGUCUGCUGCUGCUAUUGCAGCCAGACUGAGCCCUCUCAAAUCUGGAAAUAAUGCCGCUAAUUUGCUCAGUCGAACAGUCGCAAGAACAGAUAAAGUGGCGGUACGUUGGGGUCAUGGAAAGAAAAUGUUUAUAGUAAAACCAUCCGACUUUUAUGACAGGAGAUUUCUGCGUCUUUUGCAAUAUUAUGUCCUGUUGACUGGCAUCCCUGUGGCUGUGUUUGUCACGUGUGUGAAUGUUUUUGUUGGCGAAGCAGAACUGGCUGAGAUUCCUGAGGGUUAUGAACCUGAACACUGGGAGUACUACAAGCACCCCAUCACCAGGUGGAUUGCUCGGACAUUGUAUGACUCUCCUGUAAAAGAUUAUGAGAAGAUGAUGGCUGCAAUUCAGAUGGAGAAAGAGAAAGCUGAUAUCAGAUUGAUGGAGCUGGAAGUUCGGCGACAGAUGAGGCAAGAAGGGGAUGGCCCAUGGUUUCAUUUGGCAACUCCAAAUAAGGAGCUAAUUGACAAUAGCCACAAAGCCAGUCCUGACAAUUGAUUACAUGAUACUGGUGUGUGACCACAACAUAUUCGCUGUUGUACAGUUUUUCUUCUUGCAUAAAUAAAAUAUCUAUAUGUGUUUAA